UGUAUCUUUCUCGUCUAACAAUGUUGUCGAAAUAAGAACACGUCACGCGCUAGCCAGUUAGCUAGCCUUCUACGUUACUGCAGACAACAUGUAAUUGUUGUAAUUAAAUGCAACAGUGUGUACAGCUACACAAAUGUAAUUUAUCUGGUAGCAAUUGGCAUGUGCAUAGCAAAUAUGGGUUGGCGUUUAUCGAGUUUUAUUUUGAACGCCGUGCCUUGGCGGAAUGAAGAGGUUUUGCUUUUUUUAAGGUAGCAUGGCAAGAUGUAGCUAGUUUGCUAGCCUUAUCGCUAGUGGUACUUUGCUAGCAGCUAGCUAGUGCCGCUAGUAGUAAGGUGCUCAAACCCGAUUGUAGUGCUGAGAGGCGAUAGUUUAUUUUUGUGAAGUGUGUGCACCCCUUCAUAAUGUGGUUUUAACAGGGGACAUCAUAUUUGGUAGCUACUAGUUGGAGAAUCAAGCGAUUGCUUGUUAAAUUGCUAAUUGCCUUCUCGCUAAGCUAACUGAUGACACAAGAAAUAUAUUACUAGAUAGCUAGUUAGCUAUGUAUAUUUUUCUGGCUAAUUCAUGAUGGUGCAAAGCAACCCAGAUUUGAGCGAUGUCCCCUCACAGUUGUCAAUUUAACCUUAACCCAAGCAAAGUGGGUUCCUCAUAAGCCACCACGGACUAUAUCUGCUUAAAAUACUACAAGUCUGGACAGUGUACACAGUACAAAGUUCUUGAGGAGAGAGGGAAUUGUCUGCACUUUGUCCAAGCUUCACUUCUACCAGUAGAAAGUCGAGGGCUACAGUACAUCAAUCAUGCAACGCUUUGGCCAUCUAGUGAUGUAUAUUUUUAAACUGUAGGCCUAUAAGUUCUAGUUUCCCAUUACAAUAUCACACAGAUGUGGUCCAUUUUGUUAAACAAUGUUACAUUGUUUUGUGUGACACCAUUUGAUUCUCUCCCUGCUUCCCAACUGUACUCAUCCCACGCGCAGGCAAGGAUAGUGUGUUGCCGUGACUUGUCAUGAACGAGCCAGAGAGUGGAGUGGUCUCGUUCGACGAGUACGUCAGGCAGAAGGCCCGCAGUGUGCCCCAGCAUCGGAUGAAGGAGUUCUUGGAGUCUUUGGCCAAUAAGGGCCCAGAGGUGCUGCAGGAGUUUAGCCAGCAGAGCAAUGCAGCCACUACCACCACCAUGGUGUACCAGCAAAGUGGCAACUGUGUCUACACCGACAGCACCGAGGUGGCCGGAUCCCUUCUGGAGCUGGCAUGUCCAGUUCAGGUGACCUCGGCUCAAAUGUCACCACAGACAUCUGAGCAGCAAAUUCAAGUGCAAGUGCAGAUACAGGGACAGCAGGGACAGGCAGUUGGUCAGCUGCUCCAGGUGGCUUCCCCUUCCCAGCAGGACAUACAGGGCAUCUCCACGGCCGCACAGCUCGUCCAGCAGGGAGAGCUAACUGAAGAACAGCACCAGCAGAUUCAGGCUCAGUUGGUUGCUGCAGUAGGCCAGCAGAUUCAACUUCAAGGAGGGCAACAGAUUCAACAGAUUCAGUUACAAGGAGGCCAACAGAUUCAUCUUCAAGGAGGCCAACAGAUUCAUCUUCAAGGAGGCCAACAGAUUCAGCUUCAAGGAGGACAACAGAUUCAGCUUCAAGGAGGGCAACAGAUUCAGCAGAUUCAAUUACAAGGAGGCCAACAGAUUCAGCUUCAAGGAGGCCAACAGAUUCAGCUUCAAGGAGGCCAGCAUAUUCAGCUUCAAGGAGGCCAGCAGAUUCAGCAGAUCCAACUCCAAGGAGGCCAACAGAUUCAGCUACAGAGCGGCCAACAGAUUCAGUUACAAGGCCAACAGAUUCAGCUUCAGGGUGGUCAGCAGAUCCAACAGAUCCAGCUUCCAGGUGGUCAGCAGAUCCAGAUCCAGACUGUGGAGGCCAUGUCUCCAUCCCAGCAGCAGGGUUCGCCCCGGGAGGCCGAGAGGAGGGCCGGCGCCUCCCCCACUGUCCUCCAGCCAGCCAAGAAGCGCAAGGUGGACGUCCCCAUCGCGGUGUCGUACGCUCUGCCCCAGGGACAGCAGGUGGCAACCGUCCUGGCCAUCCCUCAGGGUCAGCAGCAAAGCUAUGUGUCCCUCCGCCCUGACCUGUUGACUGUGGACAGCACACACCUGUACAGCACCACAGGCACCAUCACUGGGCCCGCAGGGGAAACCUGGACGAUCCCUGUGUACUCAACCCCCCAGCAGCAGGGCGUGGCCCACAUUGCCAUCCCGCAGGAGGCUUAUAGCACCGUCCAAGUGGCGGCCAGCCACGACAAGGACAAGAUGGCCGCCAUCUCGUCGGCAGGGUCGGUGGCGGUGCAUUCGGGCGCGGCGGUGACGGUGGCGUCGGGGACGCAGGAGGAGGUGGUCCAGACGCUGUUCCCGGCGCAGUUCAUGAACGGAAACCUCCACAUCCCUGUGGCGGUGCAGACAGUGGGCGGGGCCUACAACACCACCCAGUCGCUGCACAUCUGGGACCCUCAGCAGCAGCACGGCCAGGGAGGAGAGGAGCAACAGCUACACCUGCAGGCCGAGUCGGACGGACAGACGGAGGCCUCCACCGAGCUGCUGCUUCCUGUCUCGCUGAAGCCCGAGGAGGGCCUGGAGGUGUGGAGGCUCUGGGUCCAGCGCAAAAACGCUGACUUGGAGAAAGAGGAGAAGCAGAAGCUAGCGCCCAUUGGACGUCGUCAGCCCAUGCGUUUCCAGGAGGACCUGGUGUCGAGUGCAGUGGCUGAGCUCAACGUGGGUCUGGCCCUGAUGACCCAGGAGGCACGAGGGCUGGAGGGAGAGCAGUUUGAGCCGGAUGCUCUCUACUACGUGUUCCUCUGUAUACAGAAGUAUCUCUUUGAAAAUGGACGGGUCGACGACAUUUUCUCCGAUCAGUACUACACACGUUUCUCCCAGUGGUUACACAAAAUCCUGGAUGAUUGGAGACCAGCUGUCCACCCGUUGGGCUACUUCAUCCCCAGUCAUGUGACCGAGGAGAUGUUGUGGGAAUGCAAACAGCUGGGGGCCCAUUCACCAGCCACGCUGCUCACCACGCUCAUGUACUUCAACACUAAGUAUUUCCACCUGACGACAGUGGAGCAGCACAUGAAGGUGGCGUUCUCCAAGGUCCUGAGGCACACCAAGAAGAACCCCUCCAACCCCAAGGACAAGAGCACCAGCAUCCGCUUCCUGAAAGGAGUGGGGCCGCACCAGAUCGGCCAGAAAGUGACGGACGACAUGUACGAAGAGCAGGGGGAGGAUCCUGAGAACCCACUGCGGUGUCCCAUAAAACUCUACGACUUCUACCUAUUCAAGUGUCCCCAGAGCGCGAAGGGGCGCAACGACGCCUACUACUUAACGCCGGAGCCUGUGGUGGCCCCAAACAGUCCUAUAUGGUACUCGACUCAGCCAAUCACGAGCCAGCAAGUGGAGCAAAUGCUCACACGCAUCAUCAUGGUGCGGGAGAUCCAGGAGGCCGUAGCACAGGGGAGCAUUCACUGAGGGGAGGGGCCGUAACCUUGACAUUCCCCUGGACUCACCGGCCUUCCACUCUCGUCUCUCUCUCUUUAACACAGUCCUGGUUGUGGCUUCCCUUCUCGCUUCCGGAGCCUCAGCAACUCACAAGGAACUCUGAAGUGGUCUCUCGCUCUUUCCCCAAACGGUUUCAUUUUACAUCCACGGACGUGAGCGACACUGUUUACAAGAGUUGAUUUCAUGGCCUUUUUAAAGAAGGAAAAAAAGACGGAGAGAGAAAAGAAAAAAGAACAUAUUCCUCAGUUUUGUUUAUCUUAAUCAUGACCGUUAAAAUGAUUGUGACCCUGAUGCCUGAUGUGGACUGACUGAUUAGUUUGUUCUGUUGGGUCAUGCGUGUGAGUACACUCAUCACCUAAGCUCUUUGCCUCACGCUGUUUUGAACGACAAAGAGCAAGAGAGGGUUGAUCCAUGCGGUCACUCACUCAUAACUCAGAGAUCAUUAUAAACUUUCUGCGUCACCUGACAUUAGAGAGGGUUAAACACCCCGACUAAUUCAGUCUAAUGUAUAAAUAUUGUGCGAAAAUAUGGACAUUUAUCCUUUCUGCUUUUAGUACCCCCCCAACCUCCUCUCAAGUCCUGGACCCGCGACGGGUAUUGGGUUCCCCAGAGCAGGAUGGAUCAUGCCUGAACACAGGAUCUCAACAGACAGGACCCCUCUGCUCAAUAUUUUGUUAUUUUUUUUAUAUUGCAUUUACGAUCUCCUGUAUGUAUUGAUAUUAUAAGGCUGACGGAGGCUGGAGAUCCAUUGUUUUCAAACAUG